AUGGCAAUGAAUGAUCAAUCUUUUGAGGAAGAUGCUCUUGUGGAUGAUCUUAAAGAGCCACUAAAUGUCCAAGAUGUUCAAGAGCCGAAAUCUGCAUCUUCUGAUUUAAAUGCUCAUGUGGAUGCUCUUAAUAAGUCGCUAAAUGUCCUGGACAUUCAAGAGUCAGAAUUUGCUUCUUCAGAUGUAAAUGCUCUGGAAUCUACAUCUUUUGAUGUAAAUUUUCUUGUGGAUGCUCUUAAUAUCCAAGAUGAUCAAGAGUCGAAAUCUGAAAAGAAAGAUAAGUUACUUAGUUCAUGGUUAGAACUUCCACCAGAACUUCUCUAUCAAGUGUCAAAACAUCUCUCAAAUAUAUACUUUAGUAUCUUUUGUGCUGUAUGCAAAUCAUGGCGUUCAAGUGCUCAAUCGUGGCAUUCAAAUGCUCUAGUCUUUCGGCUUCGGACCUUAUUGGAUAUCCCACAUUCUGAAUCUCCAUGUAAUUUGAUGACUUUGGACACUUACCAAGAUUUUUCCCCAGUGUUAAGUGUACGUCUCCUCUGCUCAAAGAUGGGUUGGUUGCUUUUAGCUUUAUAUGAAAGAUUUGGAUAUUGCCGUUUCUUUUUCUUCAAUCCCUUCACUAUGGUUAAAAUAGAACUUCCAUCUCAUUUUUAUGCAUUUGAAAUAAUGAGCUUUUCCUUACCACCAACUUCAAAAGAUUGUUUUGUAGUUGGAAUCGAAAGUUGGGGAUUUGGUAUUAUUAGACGUGGUGAAGAGAGUUGGAACAUUUUCGAUUUCAAACGGUCUCUUCCAAAAGACAUUUUUUUAUCUGAUAACAGUCCUGUAUUAUAUAAAGGGCGGUGCUACUGUUUGUGCAUGAGUGGUGAGUUGGGAGUAUUUGAUCUUAAUGAAUACUUGAGAAAUCCUGAAGGCCAAAACUCGUUUCGUUGGAUUCAAAUUGUUCCUAGAGGAUUUUCAGAAGAGUUGGUUGAUUCAAUCAUACAGUGUUACUUGGUGGAAAGCAAUGGGCAGUUGUAUUCAGUGUUUGAGUUUGAGGAUUUUAAUCCAUGUUUUCUUGUUUUCUCAUUGAACCCGAACAAGUCUCAAUUGAAAUGGCAUGCAGUAGAAAACCUGAGAAGCCAAAUUUUCUAUGUAGGUGUUGUGGGUUCCAUUUCAGAGCCGGCUGUGGCGGAAGGAGUUGGCAAUAAGAUUUACCUACCGAAUGUCCAAGGCAACAGAUGUGUAUUCUACAAUCUUAAAACCAAGAGGUGCCAAUCAUUUUACAGUGAUUACUCGACCAAUCUUUCACCCCAUGGAAAGGAACAUGGCAACUACGUUUGGAUUAAAUGCCCGCUUGCAAACUCUGGAUGA